AUGCUGAGUCAGCAACAGGUUCCACCUUUCCUCCUCGGAGUCGUUGGUACUCUUCAAGCAUUCAGCUCAGCUGCAAGAUUCAGCACAGAUGACAUUAACAAGACCUGGGUCGACAGACUUAUGAACCUCAAGUCGGUCGAGUCACUCUUCUCACUGGAACGUUUCCGGAACGGAUUACUUACAGGCGUCCUGGCCAGACUUCUGGAAAAGGAGAUGUGGGGGGAUAACCGAAUCCGAUGUUCCAUCGGUGGGUCACAGGUAGACCUAGAUUUGGCAGAGUCGCCUGAGUGCCGUUGUGCUGAGAAUCUCGAGCGGUAUUGCACUUUGUCGGUCGGGACCCUCGUAAGCAAGAGACUCAGACUGGUGGCCCCCGAGUUCGCUGCCGUUCCGUUGCUGAGUGGGCCGGUUUCUCGUACAUAUCUGGGAGAAUCUUUUGACCCUUUCCACCAUCCUGUUUUGACAGUGACUGCUACCUAGAAUGCUUCUACUGAGUCGUAGAAUGCCUCGUGUCCGACGACCCCAACUAUUGAAAUACAAAGAUAUUGUAUUGGCUCAAGCAGCAACUCUCAAGUACCCUAUUCUAUUCUCAUCCACUUACAUAUCUGAUAUCCAUCUUAUCUCGAACUCUAAGCGUAGCGUAAAUGGCUUGGCACCUCAAUCUCCUCGCUUUUCUCACUGCCUGCGAGUCUCAUCCCUUGUACACAAAACGAUCAAAAGAACGACAAGCAUGGGAGCUCCGCUUUUCUGCGUCUGACAUACCGAUUUCGGCUACGGCAUUUGCCAUUCAUGUUUUUCACACCCGCGAGAGGAAGAACAAAGCGACCACGACCGAUCACAUCACAUCACAGAACCACAAACCACAAACCAUCCCAGACCACUCUCUGGUGGGUUUGGUGGGUUCCUGGCUGUGAAAAUUUAUUGGCCAUGAGAAAGAGCGGCGGAGGCGAGCUGGGACCAAUGUUAAUUUUCAAUCUCGUUCUUGGCACUUGAACCAUGAUAUUCCCGAAUCCCCGGGCGUUCUUCCUCAGCUUCCUAUUGAACUUUGUAUUACCAUUGCUCAACAGCUUUUUGAUCUAGAAGGGGUUAAAUCUCUUACUGAUAGCCCCUAAACUCGUCAUUCAACACAAAGCUCCUCGUCAAUCGGGGUGAUCUGGACUUCCUCGCUACCUCAGCUACUAUAACCCAUGUCACGAAGUCGAAUUACAAGUCGGAUCAAGUGGAAACCACACAGACUUGAAUUUGUGGAGACUCCAAGUCUGUCCAAUGAGGGGAACACGAGGGACCCGCUGCAAAAGUCGAUAUCCAGAAAUUUUGCAACUUAAGCUUCUGGUAAUUCGUCAAGGUAUAUACUUAUCUCAGUGUUAUGGUUACAUGGUACAAAGGAAGAUAACUACAGCAUAUCUCAGGCUCUAGAGGGCUCCCAAGACAUAAACGAGUCCUCUCGUAUAUAUGAAUUCGGGUUCAUGUUUAACAUAUCCCACGGCUGAUGACUAGUGUCUGAUACUGGCGACACGGUCGAGAGGUUUACGUUCUGAGUCAGUUUGUGAUUGUAGUCACUAGGACACCUGGCAUCAAAGUAGGAGCCCACCGGACAGGCUUGUCUAGGAAGGGUAGCGUUCGUCGGCAUGGUGUAAGUGUCGAGCGAUGUGAGUCGGUUGCUAUAUAAUGAGUCAAGGUCAGUCAGAAAGUCGCGAAAAAGUUGCUAUAAACUUUCCUAGUGUAAACAUCCAGUUCGGCAAUAUGUUGAUGAAGGG